AUGCCGUUGCGGGCACAAAGGGCUUUGCCUGGGACAGUAGCUCUUCAUCGUAAUGGAUUUCAAGUUCAUACUGUCAAUGUUAGAUCAAUCCAAACCGAGGGAAAAUUGAAGCAAUUCAAGAAAUCGUUGGAAACGGAAGUGGUCAGCAUGAAUUCGACAUCCCCCUAUACACGACCGUUUGGGCGCUUCAGGAUGAGAUGGAUCGACGAUACUGGCAAGAAUCAUGGCCUCCGGUGGAGCGAUCUUACACUGACCGGACAAUGGAAACCAUUAUGA